UCUGACAACAUACUGAUACUCACGGCGCAGUUAAACGGUGUCUACUCAGCAGAUCAUAUGAAAUACAGGUCUGCGUGUAAGCAUUGUGAAACGUCUGACGGUAGAAAUGGCUGACAAGACACCGAAGGGCUCCGAUGCCCCCUUUGCAGCCAGGAUAGACCCGAUUAAAGAGGGUCUUUCUCCAACACAGAUGCAAUUCAUCAAGCAAAUGGAGCUGGAACAGUGGAAGAAAAAAACACGGAAGAUGAGAGGACGAAAUGUCGUGACAGGACUUGCCAUCGGAGCGGUGGUUCUGGGAAUCUACGGCUACACAUUUUACUCCGUGUCCCAGGAGCGGAUCAUGGAUGAAAUAGAUGAGGAGGCCAAGCUUGAAAGAAUGCGGGGACCCAAGACUAGUGCCAACUGAGAUGCGUGUGCCGUGCAUCUGCCUUGCACUCAACUGAGAGGGGACUUGUGUGGACACAGACUCUUAUUGACUGACUGGCUUGUGUUUUUCAUGUUGAGACAGCACUGGUCUUCAUUUAGUCCUGAUUGUUAAUGGUAAAGGUGUGCUUUUACUGCUGACUUGUAACUAGACAAUGAGAAAAUGACAAAUUCAGUGGCCUCAGCCUGACUUUACAAAGUGCUCCAUAGGCCAAGAUUAGAGUGACUUACCUGGCAGGUUUCCAGCCCAGAUCAUGUAUUGCGCUUGAAGUGUAAGGGGAAUAAUAAAGUUUCAAUCAUUCAUGCUGUUGAAUGACACACAGAUGUUGAAACAUUGUUGAUGAAAUGUAAAAUAAGAAUAUAAUGUAUUUUAUUUUUUACAAAUACAAGAUGACACUGAAGCAGUAAAGGUGAUGAAAGAGC